AUGAGACUCGACUCGGCCCAUAGCGACCUCACCAUCAUCUGCGGGACGAAGAAAUACGCCGUGCACAAAGUCGUCGUCUGCAAUCAGUCGAAAUUCUUUGAAAAGGCCUGCAACUGUGGAUUUGAGGAAACGUACACGGAUCAGAUAUUUCUCCACGAAGACCCGGUAUUGGUUGAUGCGAUGAUGAUUACAUGUAUUCUCAUGACUACAAGGCCAAAGAGCCUCCAAAUCAAGACCAACCUGCUGCUCUUGAUGACCCCACGAAGCUCAUGGACGAAACCAAGAAAGUGGACGCCAAUCAGACGACUCCUGGGACGACCGACGACUCAACAGACUGAUGAUGGAGCCAUUGAAGAACCUCUCAAGUCCAAGGUUGAGAAGCAACUGCUUCACCGGUUCCACCCCACAAUAUUCCCGAUGGCAAUCAAUGCAAUCUACAGAUCCACACCCGCAUCUGACCGUGGUCUCCGGGACAUGAUAAUAACGAUCACCACACACAAUAUCAGAGAACUGAGACAGAUUGAACCGCAGAUACCCUUUUCAGAAAUCCUGUCUGAGAACCUACAGUUCUCGUCUGAUCUCUGCCUGGCUUUUAUGGACUUAUACACACCAGAGCUGGGGUGUACUUUGUGGAACCGCAUUCGAUUCACAAGGACCAUGAUCCCCAACCAACCUGAGGAACAACCUGAUUUCAACGGGGAUGUUUAA